CUUAGAAACCAGGGCUCUCUGUACCGAGAAAUUUCUGCAAUUUUUUUUUCGGGAGGUAUGUAAUUCGUUUCUUUCGUGAUUCAAUUCAACCCACCCUUUGUGUGUUGUGUGCGUGGAUCCAUCGGAGAUCUCUGUUGACCUCAACUGGUAAUGUUUGUGUAAUAUUAUUUGAUUUUCAUAAUUGAUUUUAUCAGGAAUAUAGAAAUCUCUGUUUUUAUUAGACGAGGAUUAGCCAUUUUUGAACCGUCUGUGAUUCGAUCUGACGUUUUGUUUCGUCGUGCCUUGUUAUUCGGAGCUGGAAUUCAUGUUUAAGAAUAAUAGACGUUGUAAUCAAUUGGAUCUAUUACUUUCUUUGUUGUGUUUUUUGAAAUUUACAGUAGGUGCUGUUGUAUUGGUUUUCUGUUCGUGUUGAGGUUGAUCAUGCGAUGCAUUCAUCUGAUCUCGUGUUAAUUAUAGGGUUUUGCUUUGGAUUCCGGAUUAUGAUCAUGCUUUUGUAAUCAGAUUCAUUCGAUUAUUGUGCUCAUGAAAUCCUUCUUGUUUUUUGGCUCAUAGUUGUUUGGUCCUAUUACUUCAUAGAUUUGUGUCGAUCAGCCUUGUAAUAAUUAGUAUCCUUAUAAUUAGCAUGUUCACCCUAACCAAAAUUAGAUUUGACGAUGGUGGUGGUGGGAUAGUGAUGCCUUCUAUUAUUUUGAUUACUUUUGUUACCCUUAUUUCUUAUGGUAAGGUUGGUGAUUACAUUUACAUCUAAAGUUUUUCCUGGUGAGCUGAAUUAUGCAUGUUUGUGUCAGUGUUGAGUGAUCCAUUAGCAGUUGAAUCAAAACAAAAAUGGGGUUGACUUUCACGAAGCUGUUCAGCCGGCUUUUUGCGAAGAAAGAGAUGCGCAUUCUGAUGGUAGGUCUUGAUGCUGCUGGUAAGACUACAAUUCUCUACAAGCUCAAGCUUGGAGAAAUUGUCACCACAAUCCCUACUAUUGGAUUUAAUGUUGAGACUGUGGAAUAUAAGAACAUCAGCUUCACUGUUUGGGAUGUUGGUGGUCAGGACAAGUAG